AUGCAGUAUAAUCCAUUGUCUACUUGUUCGAAAGAUAAUAGAGAAAUGAUGGAUAAAAGUUGGAUUUUCCAAAAGCAUAGAUUAUCAAUGGAGUAUUUUGAUGGACUUAAGAGUUUUAUUAAGUUAUCAACUUUGCAUUUAAAUGGUGAAAAUAAGAUUCGAUGUCCAUGUGUUUCAUGUAUGAACUUAUAUUAUCAUGACUUAGAGACAAUUGAGCGUCAUAUAUUCGUAAAAGGAUUUUAUACCAAAUAUGUUAUGUGGGAGUUUCACGGGGAAGAUAUCACAGAAGUAAACGAAGACCAAGAAGAAGUAGAAUCAAAUAGUGAAGAAGACAUACCAUAUGACAGUGAUGAUGAUGAAGACAAUGACGAUAUGAUACUAGCAUUAGAAGAUUUAGCUAGUCAAUAUCAUAGGAAGAGUGAUUUUGUGAACCUUGGAGAUUCAAAUGAGCACAAUGAUGAAAGGAAUACAUUGCCUGAGUUAUUUGCAGAAGCAGAAAAUGAGUUAUACUUUGGAUGUACAACCUUCUCAAUCUUAACAUUUAUUGUUAAUCUAAUGCACAUUAAAGUGAUGUGUGGUUGGAUUAACAAAUCAUUUGAUUUGUUGCUUGAAUUACUUUUGAAAGCAUUUCCCAAAGACAGUAAAAUUUCACGAUCUUAUUAUGACGCUAAGAAAAUGUUGCGUGAUCUUGGUUUAGGGUACGAAACUAUUCAUGUAUGUGAGUAUGAUUGUGCUUUAUUUUGGAAAGAGAAUAAAAAUGUUGAAAGAUGUCCUAUAUGUGGUCAUGAACGGUACAAAUUCCAAGGAACUAAAGGCAAGAAGAUCCCACACAAAAAGAUGCAAUAUUUUCCUAUAACUCCACAACUACAGAGACUUUUUAUGUCACGCCAUACAUCAUCUGAUAUGAGGUGGCAUAAGGAAGAACGUGUUGAUACAGAAGGUGUACUUAGACACCCGACAGAUGCAGAGGUUUGGAAGGAUUUUGAUAGACAAUAUCCAGAUUUUGCAAAAGAAUCUAGAAGUGUAAGGCUUGGAUUUGCAACUGAUGGGUUCAAUCCAUUCGGUGAUUUAUCAAACUCGUACAAUAUGUGGCCAGUGUUACUAAUGCCAUAUAACAUGCUGCCACGGAGAUGCAUGAAACGAGAAUUCUUAAUGAUGGCAUUAUUGAUUCCGGGAAGUCGUGCUCCGGGAAAAGACAUAGAUGUCUAUUUACAACCUCUGAUCGAUGAGCUGAAAGAACUAUGGGAAAAUGGUGUACGUACUUUUGAUAUUAUUGAUAAAGAAUAUUUUACAAUGCAUGCAGCAAUAUUGUGGACGAUCCAUGAUUUUCCAGCAUAUGGUACUGUAUCUGGGUAUAACACUCAAGGUUAUAAAGCUUGUCCUGUUUGUGAAGAUGACACAUCUUCAUUUCGAAUAAGAGGAAAAACAUGUUUCAUGGGUCAUCGUCGAUAUUUGUGUCCGAACCACCAAUGGCGCAAUGAUAUGGAGUAUGAUGGUACAAUCGAACGGCGUUCACCUCCAAGAAUUUUAACAGGAGAUGAAAUCUUAGAUAAAUUAAAAGGUGUAUGGAAAUGUUGGGCAGGUAAAAAUGAUAAGAUCAUUAAGGACGAUAAGCAACAAAUGAAGGAUGCAUGUUAUGAAAAUAACACGAACUGGAGGCGAAAAAGUAUUUUUUGGGAGUUAGAAUAUUGGCCUAAAUUAAAACUAAGACAUAAUUUGGAUGUGAUGCAUAUUGAGAAAAAUAUAUGUGAUAGUGUAGUUGGUACAAUAUAUAGUACUGAUGGGAAGUCUAAAGAUACUGAAAAGGCAAGACUUGAUUUACAAGAUUUAAAUAUUCGUAAGCAGCUACACAUGAAAAAGAAGGGGAACAAAUGGUUCAAACCAGUAGCAUGCUAUACAUUAUCAGCGAAGGAACGACAAGAAUUUUGUAAGUUCAUAAAGUCUGUAAAAUUUCCUGAUGGAUAUGCUGCAAAUAUUUCUCGGAAUGUUAACAUGAAAGAUGGAAAAUUAUUUGGGUUGAAAAGUCAUGAUUGUCAUAUUUUAUUACAGAGGUUGUUACCUAUUGGUUUAAGGCCAUAUUUGAAAAAGAAAGUAAUGGAUGCUAUUACUGAGCUGUCGUUAUUCUUCAAAAAGCUAUGUGCGAGGACAUUAUAUGUGAAAGACUUAAACAAAUUGGAAAAGGGCGUUGUACUCACGUUGUGUAAAUUAUAA